AUGAAACCUCACUAAUUUGAAAGGAUUAAGACUGAAAUAAACGAUGUUUAUGCAGGAAAUCAAUCAGCUUCCAAAAGGUACUACUUGAAUUCUAAUUCAAAAUCGACUGAGAGAAGUAUUGUAUAAAUAUUAUAAAAGCUAAACAAAUAAAAAAAUCUAAUGAAAAUGUGCUUCAGUUGAUCAAUAUGUGGCAUGAACAUAGGUAAUCUUUGUCAAUAACUCCUCUUAUGCCUGCAGAUACACUAAAACAUUAAACUCAUAAUUCAGUUCAUGCACUUCAAGAUAAUUUAAUUGAAUAAAUUAAUAGUAAAAUAAAAUUAUAAUUUCUUAAAAGCCACAAACAACAUUAAAUUAACUCCAAAAAAAAAUGAUCGGACAGAUGUCUACUUUUCCACUUCAGAGCAUAAUCAUUAGAUUCCAAUAUGCAAACCUCAUUUGACUCUUGAUAAUUUAAUCAAACAAAAUAUAAGUGAGAUUUAUAACCUAUUAGACCCUUCCAAUAAAAUUCUACAAUCUUAAAAAGAAAAUAAAAGAACUAUUUCAAAAUCAAAACAAAAUGAUAAUAAAUUAAAAAAAACUAAGGAAUAUUUGACCACAAUCACCUUAUUGUCAAAUGCACAAAAGGCCGUUCAAUAGUUGUAUAAGAAUCAAGACACAGCGAAAGCCGCUGAAAUUGAUAAGUAUUCUAAAUCAUUAAGUAUUUAUAGAAAGAUUUAAUAAGUGAUGUUUCAAAUUGAUAAAGAUUUUAGAUGA